AUUUCCUCGUUUUGCAUCCCUCAAUUUAUUUCACUGCCACCUUCCUAGCUUCAAAGAGAAAGCUGCUCUGAUUUAUAUAUAAGCACACUCUUCUUAUCUCGCCCUUUCUUGAAGAAAAAAAGAGGGCCUGAACUCUGAAUCCAUUUGGGUUUUUGUGAUUCUAGGGAGGUGUGUUAGUCAGUGUAGUUGUCAGCAGAUUUAACGCCACACUCUUAACUGAACUUGUUCCAUUAAAGAAGACGACCCAUCAUUUUCUUUCAAAUAUAUAUCCACUAUUCUUUCCAGAAAAUUCAUAUACAGUUCACAGAAUUUCUUAUUUCUUACGUUCGUUUUGCGUUUGGAAUCUUGAUUUCUGGAAAAAAAAAAAGAUGGGUGAGAACGAUGCCGCAAAGAUCCAUUUUCCUCCCCAAGCUUUCAGUGUUUCUGUGGACAUGCCUUCUCAAGGUGGCUCCAAGUGGUUUGAUGAUGAUGGUCGCUUCAAGCGCACUGGAACUGUUUGGACUGCGAGUGCUCACGUAAUAACAGCUGUGAUUGGGUCUGGUGUUCUGUCCUUGGCUUGGGCCGUAGCUCAGCUUGGAUGGAUUGCUGGUCCUGCUGUUAUGUUCUUGUUCUCCUUUGUCACUUACUAUACUUCUACUCUGCUCUGCGCCUGCUACCGAACUGGGGAUCCUGUCAAUGGCAAGAGGAACUAUACUUACAUGGAUGCUGUUCGAUCCAAUCUUGGUGGUGGUAUGGUUAAGGUAUGCGGAUAUGUUCAGUACUUGAACCUUUUUGGAGUCGCCAUUAGUUACACAAUUGCAUCAUCUAUAAGCAUGAUGGCCGUUAAGAGGUCUAAUUGUUUCCACAAGACUAGAGGCAAAGAUCCAUGCCAUAUGAAUGCCAAUCCUUACAUGAUUGCAUUUGGAAUUGCGGAAAUUAUUUUCUCCCAAAUUCCUGACUUUGAAAAGCUGUGGUGGCUUUCCAUUGUUGCUGCAAUAAUGUCCUUCACUUACUCAUCAAUUGGUCUUGGACUUGGAGUUGCUGAAGUUGCAGAAGCUGAAAAAUUUCGGGGAAGUCUAACUGGAAUAAGCAUUGGCCCCGGCGUCACUGAGACCCAGAAGCUAUGGAGGAGCUUCCAGGCACUUGGUGACAUCGCUUUUGCCUAUUCUUACUCCAUCAUCCUCAUUGAAAUUCAGGACACAAUCAAAUCCCCACCAUCAGAGGCCAAGACAAUGAAAAAAGCAAGUCUAAUAAGUGUUAUAGUGACAACCCUUUUCUACAUGCUCUGUGGCUGCUUCGGCUACGCUGCCUUUGGAGACGCGUCCCCUGGAAAUCUCCUCACAGGCUUUGGCUUUUAUAACCCAUAUUGGCUACUAGACAUUGCCAAUGUUGCCAUAGUAGUCCACCUUGUUGGUGCUUACCAAGUCUACUGCCAACCCCUCUUUGCCUUCAUUGAAAAAACAGCAGCACAAAGAUUCCCAGACAGUGACUUCAUUGCCAAGGAAAUAAAGAUCCCAAUUCCUGGUUCCCACUCGUACAACCUCAACCUCUUCAGAUUGGUAUUUAGGACUAUUUUUGUGAUCAUUACCACUGUAAUUUCCAUGCUGCUUCCCUUCUUUAACGACGUAGUUGGACUCCUUGGAGCUUUAGGAUUUUGGCCAUUAACUGUGUAUUUCCCAGUCGAGAUGUACAUAGCACAAAAGAAGAUACCAAAGUGGAGCACAAGAUGGCUCUGCCUCCAAAUCCUAAGUGCUGCUUGCCUUAUCAUCACUAUAGCUGCCGCUGCUGGCUCCGUUGCUGGAGUCGUUGGUGAUCUGAAGACGGUGAAGCCCUUCAAGACCAACUAUUAGAUCAACACAAGUUGAUUGGCACGACCAUUUAUGGACAUUUCAAAAGCAAGAGAAAGAAUCAACACUAGUUUUAGUUCCAGUUCAUGUUCAUAUGAAACCUUAAGAGGCUGUGUCAAUUGCUAUGUAGUUUUUCAGAUCUUCGUCAUCAGUUCUCACUGUUCCACACCCCCCCACCCAACCAAAAAAAAAAAAAGAAAAAGAAAAGAAGUGGGACCAUGUCUGUAAUGCAAGUUGAAGAAAAAUACAUGUGUCUCUAAUUCCCUAUUUUCCAAUGCAAAUUUGAAGGAUUUCUGCA